GAUGUAGACGAUAACUUUUUCUACCGCGAGUACAUGGAUUUCUCUCUGACAACUUCAUUGUAUGUCCUGAACAUUGGUGCCGCAAGCGGAACUCCACUUGUUUCUACAUGGGCCAAUUUAGGUUACAACAAUGGUAUGCCAUUCACAACCGUUGAUUCCGACAACGACCAAAAUUUCGGAGACAAUUGCGCUGUAGUAACCCAAUCAGGAUGGUGGCAUAGAUGGUGUUACUGGGUUAAUCUCAAUGGUCAGUAUGCAACUCCGGGUACUGCCACAAUUCUUGGAAGCGGAUGGCAAUUGGGAAUUGUUCAUAGGGGCUUCACAGAUUGGAUCGCAUUUAAAUCCUCAUCGAUGAUGGUUCGCCGAAUUUAAAUACAAUGAACUACACUAAGCCUUCAAAAAUAUAAAGUAAAAUAGAGAGAAACGAAGUAUUGAGUUUUAAUGAUACCGUUAUUAAAAGAUAAAUGCUUAACAUUGACAAUAAAGUUGCAAAAGGA